CAGUUAUAGCAUUUAUCAAUACGGAAACGAUAUAUAAGAGUAUAAAAGAUAAUAUGUUGCCUAUACAUGAUAUUUAACCCACCCCAUAUAAUUCGCACCCUGGUCACCCAGUGCUCAUGCACGCGCCUCAGACACAAGGAGGUCAGCAGCAGCAGAGGCAGGGUGUUAAUGGUGGGCUGCGUGUCAGUGAGGGGGAGAGAUGAGAACUGUGAAUCCAUCCGUAAGGAAAGGCAUAGUGUUAACACUAUUUAGCCGUGCAUUGAGGCUGCUAUGGUCGUCUACAUCUGGAGUUUGAACAUUAGCAAUAAAGACACUUCUGCGCUCAAUCAAAGUGCAAAUGUCAGUUUAGGAAUCCCUCUAGAGCCCCACGAGACCCCACCUGGCCUGAGCCGGACCGGCCACACGGUGACAGCCGUCUGCCUGGGAAUCAUUCUGGUGUUUGGAUUUCUGAACAACCUCUUCGUCCUGCUCAUCUUUGCGAGGUUUCGCUCACUGUGGACACCUAUAAACCUCAUUCUGCUGAACAGCAGCGUGAGUGACAUACUGGUUUGUUUGUUUGGGACUCCCUUCAGUUUCGCUUCCAGUCUCUAUGGGAAAUGGCUGUUGGGAUAUCACGGCUGCAAAUGGUACGGUUUCGCCAAUUCGCUUUAUGGAAUUGUGUCUCUAAUGUCUCUGUCCAUACUGUCGUACGAGCGUUAUGCCGCCCUGCUGCGCCCCACCAAGGCAGACGUGUCUGACUUCCGCAGGGCCUGGCUCUGUGUGGCUGGAUCCUGGCUCUAUUCGCUGGUGUGGACUCUCCCACCAUUCCUGGGCUGGAGUAGCUAUGGACCUGAAGAGCCUGGGACAACAUGCUCAGUGCAGUGGCAUCAGUGCUCAACCAGCAGCAUGUCUUAUGUAAUGUGCCUGUUCAUCUUCUGUCUGCUUCUACCCCUCAUGCUCAUGAUAUUCUGCUAUGGCAAAAUCCUGUUCAUUAUUAAAGGGGUAACUAAAAUCAACCUGCUGAGUGCACAGAGGAGAGAGAACCACAUCCUUUUGAUGAUUGUCACGAUGGUAUCCUGCUAUCUGCUGUGCUGGAUGCCUUACGGGGUGGUGGCCCUGUUGGCCACCUUUGGCAGGAGGGGACUGAUCACUCCCAUAACCAGCGUGGUGCCAUCAGUCCUGGCCAAGAGCAGCACUGUGGUCAACCCGGUCAUAUAUGUGCUUUUCAACAACCAGUUCUACAGGUGUUUCUUAGCAUUUCUGAAGUGUCAAGGAGAACCAUCUAUUAACUUCCAAAAUCCGCAGCAAAGAAGAUCCUCAUGCACUCAAACCCUGUGACGGGCCCUCAUGGCAUCGCACCAUCAAGGGCCCUCAGAAAAAAGAGCAGCACACUCUGACCUUAGUAGUC